AGAAAAAGUAUUCGCAUUGCUAAGGUGAACUGGCCGAAACGAAUUGAACGCGUUGAAAUUUACAAUUUUGAAAAAAAACACUACCAAAAAAAAAAAAAAUAUUAAAAGGAAAUUUUCCAAAACGCGAAAUAUUUUUGUUCACACCAAAAAACAAAAAAAAAAUAAAAGAUAAUAAAAAAAUAUACCCAUAACAACAAUAAAAAAAAAUAUUAUUACAAACAUCAAUUUAAUGCCUUUCUAGAAAACAAGUUCAAAACACAGUUAUCAAAAAAAAAAAAAAAAGAAACAACAAAAGAAGUUCAGUGAAUAUUUGUCUUCAAAUUUUUGAUCUCCCUCUCAUUUCGAAACGAACCAAAGUAAAACAAGUGAAACACCCCCCAAUGUCUUCGUUAAUUUCGUUGUAACUUUUUAUCUUAGAAUAUUAAGUAGUAGUUUAUUAAAUAAUUUAAUUUUGAAAAUAUAAAUCAAAAAAUCAACAAUACACACCUACCUGCAGCUUAAAAUGACAAAUUUAUUUUAUCAAAUCUAUACCAAAGUUAUUCUAAUAACUCUGGUCCUGACAAUCUCACAAAUGAACAUGACAGCGCUGGGAACAAGCACAGUUGAUGAAGAAUGCCCGCCGCUAGAGAAUGCCACAACAUUACAGCCCUCACAGUUAAUAACCCGACUAACCCAUGUCUGUCGUUAUGAUCGCCUAGAAAGACCCAUAGAAUACGAUCUAGUCACCAAAGAGCGCUAUCCAACCCGUGUGAAUGCCCGUAUUUACAUUUACUAUAUGCAGAAUCUCAAUUCCGAUUUGUUACAAUUCAAAAUGCAUGCCCUGCUACAGCUGAGCUUCCUCGAUAAACGUCUGGCCUUCUCCAAUUACGCGCCCACCCGCAAGGAUAACAUUUUGGGCCAAAAGCAAAUGAGUGAACGUCUCUGGUUGCCGCACAUAUUCUUUGCCAACGAACGUGAAUCGAAUAUCUUGGGUACCGAUGAAAAAGAUGUACUCGUCUCCAUAUCGCCACAGGGUCAGGUGAUAUUCUCGACACGUUUGCAAGCCACCCUCUACUGUUGGAUGAAUUUCAAGAAAUUCCCAUUCGAUGAGCAAUCAUGUUCGACAGUUCUUGAAAGUUGGAUGUACAAUACAACCGAACUGACGCUGCACUGGGAAGAUAAAACACCGAUAUCGUUCGAUCCUGAUAUGCGGCUAACCGAAUACAACAUGCAGCGUUAUUGGUACAACGAGACCAUUGUCAAUUCGAAUGACAUUCACUUACGUCAUGGGGCUUUCUAUGGCAAUUACAGUUCCCUGAGUUUUACCGUGCACCUAAAUCGUGAAAUCGGUUUCUAUUUAAUGGAUUACUUUUUGCCCUCCAUGAUGAUUGUGGCCAUAUCAUGGGUAUCGUUUUGGUUGCAGGCAGAUGCAUCACCACCGCGCAUUAUGUUGGGUACCAGUACCAUGUUGUCAUUCAUCACGCUCUCUUCGUCGCAAAGUAAAACCCUACCCAAAGUCAGUUACAUUAAGGUAUCUGAAGUUUGGUUCUUGGGUUGUACGUUCUUCAUUUUCGGCAGUUUGGUUGAGUUUGCCUUUGUGAAUACAAUUUGGCGGCGAAAGGAGAAUAUCGAAUUGAAAAAAGUCAAUAGUAAAUAUAUUAUUAAGUCUACGCUAACACCAAGGCCAGCACGUCGGGAGAUGGGUUUAAAUAAUCAAUCGAGGACGAGAUCCUGUUCCAGUUUAGAUAAUAUUGUGUCGAGUACGGAGAGUGUUAUGAACGGAAAUGUUAAUCCGGGAUUCAAUAACUAUUUGACAGUGCAUAACUUGCCCAUAAUAACCACCCAAUCGGCUGACACCGUUUCCAUUGCCAGCAAUCCGAAUAGCACCGGCCAUGUCAUCAACAUGGACGACAACAACAAGGAUAACAAGACUGGCGAAAACACCACCUUCACGACCAUGACACCCCAAGAAAUUGCCAUGUGGAUAGAUCGACGUUCACGUUUCCUAUUUCCCCUGAUGUUCCUCGGUUUCAAUUGCCUGUAUUGGACCUUUGUUUAUUGUUUCUAAAUGGUUGCCAUUGUUUGUAGAUUGUUUUUUUUUUAUUGAGAAAUGACCUAAGUCCUUUUUUUUAUUAUGAAUUUAGCAUUUUUGUGUUGUUUUUAUAACUCGAUUAUAUUAGUCCCUAUAUUGACAUACAUAUCGACAGACAGACAGACAGACCGACAAACAUAGCCCAUAUAAACAUGUGUAUAUUAUUGUUAUCUCAUCUCAAAUUUGUAUAUUUUUUUAAGUGGCAAAGACAGUUGUGACUUUUCAGCAAUAAUUAGGUUAAUUUAGU